AAGAGAGCGAACUCGAGAGCGAUCGAGGGAGGGAGACAAACCGGGCGGCUGCCGCACCGUAGCGCUUGCUUCCAAACACUCCUGCUCGCUCACCUCGCUGGCGUUCGUGGACUUGAAUUGGAAAGGACGCAAAUCGACUUUCCGAGCGCGCUAAAGGUGGUGCAAAGGAAGGGAGCAAGGAAAGAAGGGCGGAGGCAAGCAAGCAAGGAAGGAAGAGCGGCGGUCGACGGCCGGCCGGACGGACAGCGGAGAGGAGCGGCAGCUCAGUGCAUCAUUGAUGGGAUUCCUGUGCUCGCCCACGGCCCCAUUCUCGGACGAUCGCAAGCCAUAGGAGGGCGUGCAAUCGCUCAAACAAAGCAGGUCGCUAGCGAGAAGUGAUCGGCAGAAGACGCAGCAGGAGCAGCCAUCAUGUUCAGCUGGCUGGGAGGCGACGACCGCAGGAAGAAGGAGCCCGAGGUCUUCCAGACAGUCAGCGACGGCCUGAAGAAGCUCUACAAGACCAAGCUGCUGCCGCUGGAGGAGAGCUACAAGUUCCACGAGUUCCACUCGCCGGCGCUGGAGGAUGCCGACUUUGACAACAAGCCCAUGGUGCUGCUGGUGGGCCAGUACUCCACGGGCAAGACCAGCUUCAUACGCUACCUAUUGGAGCAGGAUUUCCCCGGGAUGCGCAUCGGGCCCGAGCCCACCACCGAUUCCUUCAUCGCCGUGAUGCACGGCGACACGGAGGGCGUGAUCCCCGGCAACGCCCUGGUGGUGGACCCCAAGAAACCCUUCCGGAAGCUCAACGCCUUUGGGAACGCCUUCCUCAACAGGUUUGUGUGCGCCCAGCUGACGAACCCGGUGUUGGAGAGCAUCAGUGUGAUCGACACGCCGGGGAUCCUGUCAGGGGAGAAACAGAGAAUCAGUCGAGGCUACGACUUUGCGGCCGUCCUGGAGUGGUUUGCCGAGCGCGUGGACCGGAUCAUCCUGCUCUUCGACGCUCACAAACUGGACAUUUCCGACGAGUUUUCCGAGGUGAUAAAGGCGCUGAAGAACCACGAGGACAAGAUCAGGGUGGUGCUGAACAAGGCCGACCAGAUCGAGACUCAGCAGCUGAUGCGAGUGUACGGCGCGCUCAUGUGGUCACUGGGGAAAAUCGUCAACACGCCGGAGGUGAUCCGCGUGUACAUCGGCUCCUUUUGGUCGCACCCGCUGCUGAUAGCCGACAACAGGAAGCUGUUUGAGGCCGAGGAGCAGGACUUGUUCAAGGACAUCCAGUCGCUGCCGCGGAACGCCGCGCUCCGGAAGCUCAACGAUCUUAUCAAGCGGGCCAGGCUAGCAAAGGUUCACGCCUACAUCAUCAGCUCCCUGAAGAAGGAGAUGCCGGCGGUGUUUGGCAGGGAGAACAGGAAGAAGGAGCUUAUCGCCAGCCUGGGCGACAUCUACAAGCGCAUCGAGCGGGAGCAUCAGAUAUCGCCUGGAGAUUUUCCAAAUCUGAAGCGGAUGCAGGACCAGCUGCAAGCUCAGGACCUGACCAAGUUCCAGCCCCUCAAGUCCAAGCUGCUGGAGGCGGCGGACGACAUGCUGGCCCACGACAUCGCCGGGCUGAUGGUGCUUGUGCGCCAGGAGGAGACGCGGCGGCCGGCGGCGGCCGUCAAGGGCGGCGCCUUCGACGGCACCCUCCACGGGCCCUUCAACCACGGCUACGGGGAGGGCGCCGGCGAGGGCAUCGACGAGGCCGACUGGGUGGUGGCGCGCGACAAGCCGGCCUACGACGAGAUUUUCUACACGCUGUCGCCCGUCGACGGCAAGGUGACGGGCGCCAACGCCAAGCGGGAGAUGCUCAAGUCCAAGCUGCCCAACUCGGUGCUGGGCAAGAUCUGGAAGCUGGCCGACAUCGACAAGGACGGCAUGCUGGACGACGACGAGUUUGCGCUGGCCAACCACCUCAUCAAAGUCAAGCUGGAGGGACACGAGCUGCCCGCCGACCUGCCGGCGCAUCUCCUGCCCCCUUCCAAGAGGAAAACCAUUGCAGAGUGCUAAAGCGAAGCGAAGCGAAGCGAAACUAGCUGCUAAGCUAGCUGCUAAGCCCCGCUAGCAUUCAAAACAUCAUUGAAAUUGUCCCGUGUCUCAUUUCAUGGAAAGCUAUGGAAGUUGUACAUGGUGAAAUAAAAGUGCGACCAUCCUAUUCAUGUACUGUCCAGCGUGUCAAUGAACACGUUACCUGUCUAAUUUUAUUUUGAUUAAAAACACACAAAAGAUCA